AUGGUCCAGGCAUUUGAGUUGUCAGUAGCUGGCUGCCGUGUACCCCAACAGCAGCAGCAGCAGCAGCACUUUACAAGCAGGUUCGGCCGGGCCGCCAAGCUAGCCUUUUUCUGGAGCUUUGGAUUUGGAGGAUUCCCACAGCAAAAGAUCAGGGCGGCGUUUCCACGGUUAGGGAUGGCGGCCACCGAGGAUGCGCUCUUCCGCUCGAUCGAGGGCAUGCAGAAGGCUGCCAACAAGCCUUGGGGAAAGUUCCUGGACGCGGGCACCGGAACCCACUCCUUGAAAUGGAUCAACACGCUGAACACGGAAGGCUUCACGGCGGUGACUGCAGACCCGCAGUUCGCGGAAAACACCCGCAAAGAGAUCGGAUUCAAAGUGAAGACGCCGGAUGAGAUUGUGGUAGGGAACUGGAGGGACGAGAAGUUCCUGGAAGGUCGGGUGUUCGACACGGUGCUCGCGGAUUACUUGGUCGGGGCUAUCGAUGGUUUCGCCCCCUACUACCAGGACCAAGUUUUCGAGCGUCUUAAGAGGCAUGUCGCUCCGGGAGGACGGAUUUACCUGGUGGGCAUGCAGCCAUUGCCCGACCACCCUGGCGGUGCUGCGGAACUGGUGUGCGAAGCGGCGCGUCUUCGUGACUCUUGCAUCCUUCUCGCGGGGCACAGGCCGUACCGGGAAUACCCGUUGGACUGGAUCACUCGGCAGAUGAAAAAGUCCGGUAUGGUGGUCACCUCGGCCAAGAAGAUGCCGGUUCUCUACGCGCCGCACACCGUCAAGCGACAGCUCGACGUGGCGUCGCGCAAGCUGCCCAUAAUCGCAGCCACGGAUCCGAAGCUGGCGGCGGCUCUGGAGAGACACAUCAGCGACUUGGACGGCCGGGUCAGGAAGGAGCUAGCAGGAGCAGGGGGCAGGGUCGAAGUGGGUUUCGACUACGUGGUGGCGGCGGAACUCGCCCGGGAACCUGCCGCUGGGGCAGAGAGAAAGGAGGCGGUAACGCCCGAAGGGGAAGGCGGCGGGAAGUGGGGUGGAGGUGGGGGGGGAACGGUGGCAGCAGAGGCAACGACGGCCGCCGCGCGAUGACGACGUGUUAAUGGGUGAACUUGAGUUGGGACCAGUGCACUCGCCAACGCGCCUGAGCAACAGAGGCAAACAUUUUUGUAGCACACCGUGCUUUGAUUGGACAGCUUGUUUGUGAGAAACGAAUUUGGAUUUUGGGAAAUACGCGGCCAACCCGUGAUGUCAUCGACGAAGAUGACGGUCACUUUUCGGGACAACUCUCAAAAUUGCGUUUUUGUAUGUGCUUCGGCAACACGAUUGCUCUGUCGAUCGCUCGUGUGUUGACGAACGCCCUUGCGUUGUGUGAACGAAAGUCUUGUGUUGUGAGAUCCCACGUCGUACUAACCCUUGGGCAACUGGAGUAAGAAGGGCCAGAGCUUGGGAAGAGGUCGGGGUUUUCGGCAAGUGAACGUGGUUGUCGGUUUAUGGGAUGGGAUGUUGCCUCUUGAGUGUGAGAGGGCACUUCCCUGCUUCACUUGUUGGUCCUUUUUGACACCUCCUUGCAGCAGUAGUGCCACGGUCGCACAAUAAUAGUGCUGACAAGAGAAUUCGUCCCACCUCAGCGACUUCGGCAAGAGGACUUCCACAUUUCGU